UCCCCGCCCUGCCCCGCCCCUCGCCCGUAACAACAGCGUGGGGUCGAGUGAGGUGUUGGUCUCCUGCCGUGUCGUUGUGUGUGGUGUCGUCGUCCCCGCUCCCGUCUGUGUUGAAGUGAGAGGCGAAAACGUCUGAGAAUACCGCCCGAAGAAGCUUACCGAUGAGGCGUGAAGGUGAUGCUUAGGAGAACACUCGCAUGAAGGAGGGUUUGAAGAGAAGUGUCAUCUACGUGUCUUGUGUCUCGCGGCCGCCACUCAUGCACCCCACACUCUUCCUCCUGACGGUGCUGGUGCUGGUGCUCGCCCCUCGCGUCUAUGGGGCCUACGAACUCUUCCUCCACAGCACACGCUCGACGACUCCUUCUCCGCUGCCGCCGUCUCCUCCUCCUCCCUCUACUGAGCAAGGAUCUGCCGCGGCCUUGGACGUGAAGGAGGCGUUGCUCAUCGCCCUCACUGAACUCCUGCAGAGGGUGGCGCCUGCUGCUGAAAGCCCGACGUGCCCGUACCCGUACACGCAGGUCAUGCACGAGUGCUUCUACCCCCACUCCAAGAAGCUGUCGUGGGUGCAGGCCAGACGCGUGUGUCAGGGCAUGGGCGGCGACCUGGCUGAGCCCCGCCACAUCUACGCCCUGCAGACCCACAUGGCGGACACCCACGGCUCGGGUUACUUCUGGGUUGGGGGCACGUGCGAGGGCGGCGACGGGACGUGGCGGUGGGUGUCGGGGCGGCCGCUGGACCCCGAGGACUGGCUCUUUGACCGACCCGACAACCAGGGCGGCGACGAGAACUGCCUCGAGAUGGUGAUGUCGGACUACCCGCGAGUGUUCAACGACGAAACGUGUUCCCUCGCCCAGCGCUUCAUCUGCCAGUACUGACGCGGUAGAGGAAAACAACAGUGAGAAGACUCGACCAGUUGUCCAGCCGGGGCGAGGCGGCGGCGGCCCGCCGGGCCAGCCUGGCGUGGCGGCCUCCCAUCACUAGCGCGGCCUGAGUCCUCCU